GCGACCAUAAGCGCGGUGACGUCACAGGGUCCCUCUUUUUUUUGUGGGUGGCACCAUCCACAACAUCACUCCUUCCCUGUGCGCUUGACUCUUUCCUUCCUGACCGAGUGCAAAGGGAAAUUGCGAGCGUCUCAAAUGACAGCCUGUUAUUCGUAAUUCGACGGUGUGGCUGCUUGCCCAGACUCGAAGUUGCCUUGUCCCUAUUCGCCCUCCCUUGUCUCUUUUUUGUCGAGGGAACACAAUGCCGCUGAAUGCCUCUUGGACCCCUUGAGCCCCUUCUCCCCCUGUUUAGACCCUGAAACCCCUUCGGCGUCACAAGCGCGCGGCAGGGCGGAGAUGGGAUUCUUUAAUUGCCGCACCUUUGGGCGUCUCGGAAGCGCGUUGCCGGGCUGGCAUUUUUUGAAAAUCCCAUGGUUGCAUGGUCUUUUUGCGCGCAAGACCUGCCCGCCUGCCAAGUUUACGCAGUCACCUUCGAGUCCAAGACAGACCCAGCCUCUUCCGCCCAUUGGUUCCUAUUUCUGCACGAGCAAGGAAUCCUCGAACAUCCUGGUCCAUGUGGGGACGAGUAGGGGAUGCUGGGCGAAAAGAAUACGGUCAAUACACCAGUCCCCCCGUCGCCCUGUGCCUCCCGGUAGCUGUACUGUGUACGCGCUGUGGACAGGGCGGACAGCACGGUCGGAAAGCAUGCAUGUGCGGCGGCCACUGACAUCAUGGGAUGGUGUUCGUCCCGCCAGGGGGGCGAACGAUUCCUCGCCGUUGGUUCGGUUGUCCGAGUCCCCCACACCCACCAAAGCCUUGUCUUGUACAGUAUUGUAUUGUCUCGAUCGUGUACCAAAUACACAGGACCACGGCACGUCGACCUUCCGGUGUAUCCGCUCGAGAUGGUCCCAAUUUCUCCCCGUGCCUCGCGUGCCUACUCGAACUUGCUUCACACAGUUUCCAUCUCUUCUCGUGUGGAAAUCGCGGAGCCGGGGCCGCUCUGAUGCCAUCGGCGGCUUCUCAGCAUCGUCACUGCUCGCCUCCGUUUCCAUGCGAGAGACUAGCGCAAAGGCCGUGGAGAAACGGGGGCAAACGGAUGGAGAGAAUCGAGUGGCCUUGACCUCACUCUCACCCGAUCCUUUUAGCAGGAUCAACGGGGUCUUGCCUCUCUGGUCAUUCCGGCCCGGACCCACUCGCGUUGCCCUCCUCGUCGCCAACUUCCACGCUGUGGUACAUAUGUACAUAGUUACAUACAUGUACUGUCCCAGACCACCAGAACGAACCAGACCAGAACCAGCACUGUCAGCCCGGGCGAGAAGCCUUCCGGCCGUUUUGGACCAAGUACUGGUGGGGACCUCCGCCAUACCGUCACUGCCAACCCCUCCGACAUGGACAGCCCUUGCUCGGACGGCAGACCCAUGGCCGAUCAGCUAUGUAAUGGGAAAGAUUGCAGCCGGGAAGGUCGUAACGCUAGCGCACCCCCAUGGGCUUCUCGACGGGGUCUGCAUGUCGUGCCUCUCUGAGAUUGGUGUCGAAAGGGCGCAGAUCUGGAAGUGACGGCUGCAGGGCAAGACCCUUCCUUUUGGACCCUUCGAGCCCUCUCGUGCUCCCACGAAACACGACGGGGUCACCCUCCUACAGGACGUCUGUUGGACCCCGCCCCUGUGGGGUGAUUAGCCGCGAACGCUGGUCCACCACAACUCGCCUCGGGGGGAGCACAGAAGAAUGACUCUGAUGUCGGCCGCCUCUCCGUUAUAAAGACCGCCUCUCGCCGCCCUCUCCUGACAUCUGCCUCCGUUUCUACACGCUCCUCGAGUAAUAAAAUCAAGUCACGCGGUCGUAUCACGCUGGCUACAACCCCUGUUCGGUUCGUAGCACCAAACUACCAAACCGG